GCUUUCUGGAUACUUUCGAGAAGCCGAAAACUCAAAAGAAAAUUUCAUAUUUUUUAAAAUCGUUCAUAAAAUACGAGUAAAAUUUGAAGCUAAGAUAUAUAAUCUAAGAACAGAUUAAAUAUAGCAUUGAAAUGUUUUAUCAUAUCGCAUUGGAACAUGAAAUUUUAUUACAUCCGAGAUAUUUCGGUCCACAAUUGCUGGACACUGUAAGACAAAAACUUUAUACCGAAGUUGAAGGAACGUGUACGGGAAAAUAUGGAUUUGUAAUCGCUGUAACUUCGAUUAACGACAUUGGAGCUGGAGUGAUACAAGCGGGACAAGGUUUUGUUGUGUAUCCUGUGAAAUAUAAAGCUAUUGUCUUCCGUCCAUUCAAGGGAGAAGUUCUGGAUGCUGUUGUAAAACAAGUAAAUAAAGUAGGAAUGUUCGCCGAAAUUGGUCCACUCUCAUGUUUCAUCUCACAUCAUUCAAUUCCCGCCGACAUGCAAUUUUGUCCAAAUAGCAAUCCAGCGUGUUACAAAUCCAAAGAUGAAGACAUUUUAAUAGCAGCAGAAGAUAAAAUUCGUCUGAAAAUCGUCGGUACACGUGUAGAUGCAACAGGAAUCUUUGCUAUUGGAACACUUAUGGAUGAUUACCUUGGACUUGUUCUUAACUAAAUUAAAGUAAGAAAACUUUAGUAUGUUAAGUGCAAAUCUAUGAAUAAGUUUAUUUUAAAUAAAAGUUCAAAUGAGCUCACAACAGUGUGUUUAAACAUAAAAGAUCAGAUUUCAAAAACAAUAAAUUACUGGCAUUAACAUUAUGAAAUAUUUUACGUAAUAAAUUAAUUUAGAAGAACGUACAAAUGGACAUUACAUUUAAGAAAAACUUUUUUUAAGUAUACAGCGUACAGAUGGCUCCAAUGAUUUGUUUAAAUAUCUAUCUAAAAUAGUUUUAUUGCACGCAUUACAAGUCCCACGAGAACAAAUGAUGUUUCACAAGCAUAUCUGCAACUCCCUGCUUCAGUGGUUGACUCGUCACGUCUUUUUUUACAGGCAAUUCAUAGUCAGGAUUCAAAUUGAAUGAAAAUUGUGACAAUAUUCUCAAUUCACAUUUGAUUUGAACGUAAGCGGGCGAAUUCAUGAAAGAAAACUUUUGAUACCAUUUUUCAAGUACGGAAUCAGACGAGCAGAGAACAUCGAACCACAAAUGAAGAACUUGUUCAUUUAAUCCCAUGCAAAUCAAAGAUCUUAAUUUCACAUCCAUUUGCGCUUGUUCAUGGGAUUGAUUGACUGAUUGCACACAUCGAAAAAGCAAUUCUUCUGGCGUUAAAACUUUUAUAUCUUCAUCAAGCCGAUAAGUUUUGCAUAAAACAAGUCGUGAAUAAACAGAUUCGAAAUCUUUUUCCACUUCACGAUUUGCCGCUUCUUCAAUGAAUAACCAAGGAUGACAUGGACCACCUAAAAAUGUUGGACGUUUCAUUCCGUAUUCGAGAACUUGUUUAAUUGCGGGGCAUAAAGUUCCUCUCACGAGAUCAGUUACAGUCUCACAUAAACUAUCAUCGCCUGCUGCUACAUAAAUUUUACUUCUUUCAUCGAGAAGCUCGACAAACUUGGCUGGAAACCAACCAGUCAAACCAUUCAAUUCUCCAAUCCAACAAUCUUCAUCUUUCUGACUUAUGAUCGUUAUGAUGUCAUUCUUUCUGAAACCAAGUUCAUCGGGAUCAUGUCGCUCGAAGUCGUGAAGUGCUUUUGCACGUCGUCGACGAUUUCUUGAAACAUUCACAUAAUUUUCAUGAUCUUUGACAUGAGAAUUUGCUGAAUAAUCAGCUUGAAGAUUUAUAUGUCCAUUUAAUUUGGGUUCAAUGGCUAUGAAAUGGCGAGCGACUUUCAAUAUAGCAUCGCGUAAUUCAACAACGAUUUCCGAGUUUUUAAUAUUCUUUGUCUUUAAUUCAUCAUCUCCAUCAUCAGUUCCAAAGAGAAGCAUUUGAAUCAUCGACUUACUCUUCUUAACUUCACGUUUCGAUAAAUGUUGUUUUGGUAAGUUCGGCAUUGGACUUGACUCUAAGUUUCCAACUAAUGCACCCUGAUCAAUCAUUAAAUAAGCUAAAUGCCGUCGUCGAUGUGUAUCGAUAACCAUUUGAUUUAAAGAACCACCAAUUUCAAGUGAAACUUUGAAAAGAUUAUCGACGUCUUCAACUUCUCCUGGAAUAUCUGAUAAGGCAUUAAAAAUUUGUGCGGAAUUCUCCAAAGUUCCAAGCACAGAUUCUUUAAGUUUUAUCAUUCCCAAUGUAAGUUGAAAGAGAACAAUGGAUCCAUCGCAGAAGAACCAAUCCCAAAGUCUCAACAAGAUUUUCAUGUGAACAACACUGGCGAAUAACGUCAGAAACCAUUGGAAUGUUAUUAACGAUACUUCGAUGUCAUGUUGUUUCAACUUUUCAUCAACUGGCGAUAAAUAGUUGGAAAUAAGCGUUUGUAACACUCGUUGAUCAGCUUGUAUUCCAAGUAAUGUUGAAGAGUAGUAUGAAGCUGGUAAGAGAUCUUCAACAAUUGUUGCUGUCAACCAAAAGCAAUCUUCUUCCUCCAAUAGCAAAAGCAAUGAAGCUACAAUUACACCAGUCCCUUGACAAUAUCCGAUAUCAGGAAACAUCCAAGCAAGACCUCUCAAUAUUCUUCUUAGUCGAGGUAUGCCAGUUCCAUUCAUGGACGUAAAGCAAUAAUUAGAAGGCAAAAUUCUCGUUAGAUCUUUUUCAAUUUGCUUUGAUGUCACCAGAUUGUCAUUGUUGGAAGCUUUAAUGA